AGGCCGAGGUGAGUGCCUGUGCCGCACUUCUGUCUAACCGACACGUUAGCGAUUACCGAUUCGCAUCUCGCCGCGCUCGAUUACGCGAAAACUAUCACUUUCGCUACGUACAAUCCUGUUUGGAACAUGAUAACGCAGUGAAAAUUACUCUGUGCACUUCCUGGGCACCUCGACCACGGCAUCGCAAGGUGUCGAAAUGCCCCAGUGGGCCAGCGCUGAGGGCGGUGGUUCAGAAGCGGCAUCACCAGACCAAAUGAUGAUCUGCUAUGAAGAGGACGCCACUGAAUUUUAUGUCAAAAAACAAGAGGAGGCAGACAUCAAGAUAGAACAAGCUGGCGAUUUCUAUGACAGCGGCAGUGGUAGCGAUGAGCAAAUCCCGCGUCGAGUCUGCAGGCCGCGACGGACACCCGCAGGCUCCUCAUCCUCAGGCACGACAACCGGUUCCAACGGGCCAGGCCGUCGACGCCGCUGUGGAAUAUCCGCCCGGGAACGCAACUUACGUAGAUUGGAGAGCAAUGAACGGGAACGCAUGCGGAUGCACUCGCUGAACCGUGCGUUCGAGGAUCUACGUCGUGUAAUUCCUCACGUGAAAAAGGAUAACCGAAGUCUAUCCAAGAUAGAAACACUAACCCUUGCCAAAAAUUACGUGAAAGCACUUACUAAUGCCAUAUGCACAAUGAGGGGAGAGAUUCCUCGUUACCAAUUCAACAGCGAUGACGAAAAUGUAGAACCUGUUUUCGUUCUAAGCCGGGAUCAGGAACAGAACAACAAUUUGCCAAACGACUGUGACAUCGAAGAUCCAUUGCCUGAGCCAUUGCCUGAGGGCGAUUGCCUUUGAGCACACCAAGUUUCUUCAACAAUGGGUUCUGAAAUAGCGUCAGAAAGGAGCAUGGACGAAUUCUCCAUUAAACUUGAUCCACAUAAUUGCGAUAUCAAAGGGAGCAAAAUCCUCGCCACGUAAUUAGUACCUAUUGAAAUAAUAAGCUCCUAUACAGAUACGCCAAUGUGGGUGAAGCUUGAUGUAGCAAAUUUGUGUAGAAUUAACAUAGAGUAUUCAUUCGCUACCUUUCCUGUCUGAUUGGUUGUGGAUUGCUCGAAUAAAAACCUCGUCGUACACCUAAGUCUCAUUAAGGCCUUAGGUACUUUGUUCCCCAGUAUUUUGUAUCGCAAUAAAAUACUUAUUUAACCGAGUAAGUGUUUGUGAAUUGAGAUUCCUUAAUGGUUUGUUUACUCUAUUGUUAGAUCUAUAUGGCAUAUUUGUUAACUUCAUGCUUGCUUUGUUAAACCUACGACUACUGGCAUUGUAUGGAUAUCGAGAUCAAGAACAAACAUGUUAUUUUACCUAGUCGUAGAUGUACUUUUACAUCGAUUAUUUAUGACUUUCAUUCAACUAGGUACUAAGAUGCAACAGUGUUCAUAUAAAGUUUUCAAUACGUUAGUAACCGCACUGAAAACCUAGAUGACAAAAUGUCUGACAAAAUGUCUGGCAAACUGAAAAUUAAAAGAUGUUUAUAGGUAGAUGUUAAAUCUCGUUACCCGUAUUUUUAAUUGGUUAAGUAAAUGAGUUUUUUAUGCAUUUAUAAUUAAAGGGAUGUACCCUUUUUGACCUACCAUUGGGCAACUUUUUGAGACAUUUAAGAAGAACCAAACUGUUAAUACGUGGUUUAUUAUAAUUUAUGGUUAUUACAGAUGCAACGUUUACGUUGCUUGCAACGUUAAGUCUUAAAGAUAUUAGAGAUCAUUUUGUAUUAUUUUUAUAUAUAUAAAAUAUAUCAACCUCCUGACCGACCAAUUUAGUUAUAAUAUUAGAAUUGUCUUCAAGUCCUCACUGUUCGAGGGAGAAGGUAGCCUAGGUAGGUAGCAUCUACAAUUAUUAGUAUAUUAUUACAAUAUUUUAUUAUAUAUAUUCAAAAAAUUACUAUGGUUUAUUUAAUACUUACAAUUUAUGUAGACGUUUGUUUCUGUGCCAGAAGUACAAAUUAUUCUUUCGUAUUGUAACUAAGUUCUCUGUUAAAAUAAUAUAUCAGGAUUACCUACGUGUAAAUGUGUUCCUACAAUACAAUUGCAUUUUUUUAUUUUUCGAUCUCAGAUUUUCAUUGUUUGUAUAACCAUAAAGAUGUUUAUUUCUCUCAAAACUCGAUAUGAAGAUAUGUUAUAAAUAUCUCCCACUUCGGUGCCAAUUUCAAUUUCGGGAAUAAGUGUUUCAACUAAUACGAAGAGUUCACAUUAGAAGUUAAAAUUCUAUUAUGUAGGUACGAGUUGGUAUGUGAGGUCAUAGUGAUAAGUUGAAACUAAUAUACCCAAUAUAAAUACUAACUGGGCGUAAAACAGGUUUCAUAAUAUUAAAUUUUUAUUUAGUUUUGAACCCAUUAAAAUUGGAACUAAACCUUUAAUAUCAAACCGCUCUAUAAAGGCUUUCAUGUACACGGGACCACGGAAUCUUAGAUAGGACGCAUGCCCGCUCUCUGCUGCGCUGCUAAGUGUGAAAUCGAACACGCGCGGUCAAUCAACUAAUUCAACGAUCACACAUGGAAACCACUCAGUAACCUUUAUUAAUUUUCUUUUUUAGUACUUUGAAAAAUGUACACUUACCGGUAUGAAAUAUUUGGGUUUCAAGCACUGGCAGCUACCGUGCUAUCCCGCACUAGAGAUUGUAAUAUAUAAAGCAUUAAGCAAUAUUGCUACAAUAGUGAUGGGACUAUUAAUGGUAACUCUUCGUGGUAGUUGGGUAGAUAUGUGUAUUAUGGUCAAUAUAUUUUAUAAUCUUUUGAUGCAGGUAUACAGUCAAUUUUUUUUAAGGUAGGUUAAUAUGUCUACCUAAUUUUACGUUUCAUCGUUCAUUUCAAGCGUUUUAGUAUAAAAUUGUAGCUGGCGUGCACUCAUUCAAAGCCUUCCUAAAAUUUUAUGAUGCGCCUUGGAGAUGGAAUUAUUAUAUGUAGUUAUAAUUAUUGUAUAGUUAUUCGUUUCGAAUAUCUUAUCUUGUUUAGUUUCUAUAAAGAAAUUGUGCACGUCACUAAAAAACGGUGGAUAAGAUGGUAUUUAUGUAUAUUGUGCAAUUAGGUACAAUAGGAAUGCAAAGUAUGUUUCUUUAACCAUAUUUUGUAUUUUGGAAGUAAGACUAAAUUUUAUGCAAGAGGUUUGAAUAAUGAAGCCUAUUUAUUUUCCUUAAAUAACGGCCACGCAUCAAGUCUUAGUAAGUUCAAAGCUAUCGGUACGACUAAACAUUACAUGAGAUCAAAAUCAUAAUUAUAUGCUACCAGAGUUGUUGUGUAGUUAGUUGUACUGGUAUUAAUGCCCGUCAAAAUAUUUAAACAUGAGUUGACAGUGUUAUUAUUUUAUACUUUCGAUUUGUGCUUUUCUGCUCUAAUGUUGCAUAAAUACUUUUAUUUAAACCUACUAACCUAAAAUUUUCAAUGAAAAUUUGAAAUUUUUCAAUUUACCUAGUGUUUUCUGUCAAAGUAAUAAGCGAAUAUUUUGUGCAAAGGCAUGAAAAUCUCCUAGAUAUUGUUAAAACAGUAUUGUUGUAGGUACGUGAUGAUUAUGUGAAUUAUUAUUUAAUUAAGUAUAGGUAAUUAAAGAAAUCUCAGUUGAAAGUUACCGAUGAAUAAAAUUAUUGUUAAGUUCAAAUAAGUUUAUUUUGAAAAAUGCAAUUAAGCAUUUUUUGUUAAAUCAUACCUAAUAUUUAUAGACAAAAAAUAAUAUAUUUAUAGACAUUUGUGAUUUAGAUGUAUUACGAUCUUGAGAUAAUUAUAUAUCCUUUAUAUAAUAAGGACGACUCGGCGAUAACACCGAAAUAUGAUGAAUAUUAAAAUUUAUAUGCAGAUA